AUGGCGUGCCAAGCGCUCAUAACUUGUCUAGAAUCCUAUCUGCUAUCCCUGAAAAGCUGUUACGCCUCUCUGUCAGGAGGAGAUCCUACGCCAGAGUGUAUUAGAGACCACCUAGCUACUCUAAUCAGCGAUUACGUGAGUGAUAUGCUACAGCUAGAAGACCAUACAAGGAAACCACUUCGUGUCCUUGGAAUUGGAAGUGGGGAUGGGUGUAAAGAUAUUUGUUUUCUUGAAGUGCUAAGCAAUGGUGGUCCCAAAAUAAAAGACAAAUAUCUGCAGCUCUUUCAACGUACCAUCGAACCAAACGAGGAGAGUCUGGAAACCUUUCAAGCUAAAUCAAAAUAUUUGCCCGAGCGUUUGACGAGCGGAGCUGAUGUCAAAUUUGAAUGGUUCCCCAUGACAUUCCAAGAGUAUGUUAAAAAGGAAAAGAAAGAUGACAUCAAUUUCGAUGUGGUUCACUUUUUCCAUAGCGCUUACUACGUUGAUUUCGAAACAGCGCUCGUGUAUUGCUAUGAGAAGGAACUCGGGUCCAAGGGAAUAAUUGCAUGCGCUAUUUCGCAUGAAGAGAGUGCGUUUGUAAGGUAUAGCAAAGAAUUUUCUCAGCAAGGCUUGAUCUUGAACCCUGGCCCUUACUACAGCAGCAAGGACAUCACAGAUUUGGCUAAAAAGAAUAGCUGGAAAUAUUUGGAAUGUCCUGGUCACUACAUUCGCUGUGACAUAACUUCUAUCUUCGACCAUUCUUCGGUAGAGAGAAAUCAGUUAUUAAAUUUCCUGACACACCGGGUUGAUUUCCGUGCAACUGCAAGCCAAGAAAAUCGGCAGAAAGUUCUUGAUUACUGGAAAAAUGUUUGUGAGGAAGAUAAAGACUCUGAAAAAAGAACAGUCUGGAUGAAGGUGUGCAUGAUUGUAAUUGUAAAAGGAAUGUAG